AUGUCAAUCCAAACUCCUGGGACCCACACAGCUCUUUCUGACUCGUCAACCCCACCCUUACACCUUUCGCCGUCAAUAACCGUUACGGUGGUAACUUUACUGGGCAGUGUUGAUAUUGGUGAUGCUGGUGUUUUCCCCGUAAAGUGGUGGUGUUGUGCUGGUGGUGGUUUUCUGAGGCAAAGGGUAUCUGCAAUUGGUAGUGUUAGCCAUGGUUAUGGGCAAAAACUUCAUCCUUUUGAUCCUCCUUUGUUGGGUUUGAGGGGUGUUGUGGAAAUGAUGUACGGUGGAAGAAGGGGUGGUGGGGUGGCAUCUUUAUCUGUUUUGUUGAACCAAAUCAAGAGGGGUGUAUCAACUUCAACUGGGGGUGGUGGUUUCAGCAAUGGUAAUGGAAGAGAAGAUUCGAUAUCAUUCUCUGAAGCAAAGAAGCUCAUGAGGUUGGUGAAUGUGGAGUCCCUCAAGAUGAAGCUUGGUGUGGAAGGGAAGGAAGUUAUUUGCUAUUCUGAGCUUCUUGAGGCGUGUGAGAGCAUGGGAAUUGCUAGGAGUCCUGAGGAGGCUGCAGCAUUUGCCAGAGUUCUUGAUGAGGCUGGGGUUGUUCUCCUCUUCCGGGACAAAGUGUAUUUGCAUCCUGAUAAGGUGGUGGAUCUGGUUCGAAGAGCCGUUCCUCUGGCACUGAUGGCUGACAACGAUCCUACGAGGGAGGAGUUGAAGAUCCUGCAGGAGAAGAAAGAGGAAAUUGAUGUGCUGGCGCAUAAGCAGGUGCGGCGCAUCCUCUGGUCUGGACUAGGAUUCAGCAUAGUUACAGUUAGUCUCUUCUUCAGGCUAACAUUCUGGGAAUUUUCAUGGGAUGUGAUGGAACCAAUUGCAUUUUUUACCACAACCACAGGGUUGGUCAUAGGCUAUGCAUACUUUUUGUUUACAUCAAGAGACCCUACAUACCAAGACUUGAUGAAGAGGCUGUUUCUUUCAAGGCAGAAGAAGCUUUUCAAGAGCCAUAAUUUUGACAUAGAGAGAUUCAAGGAGCUCCAGUGCAAGUGCAAAACACCUUUGCAUGCCAGUGCUGUUUUAAAAAAUCGCAUAGGGGUGGAAGUGGAUCUUGAAGACGCUUUACAUAGAGAUUAA